GACACCGCCGUCAACACGACCCCCCAUCACCUCCCCUCUCUCCACCCUCCACACACGGAAAGUGACCAAGAAAACUGUUGCAUUUGAACGAGUUACGUGAGGUUGACACCUUCUCCAAGCGAGGUACCCGGUAUCAAGUACCGUGUGAGUACCCUCAGCCAACCACGCACUGAACCAUCCCUAGCCCAAUGAUGAGUACCUAGUGUACCUUACUGAACCAUCAUGAGGAUUCCUUUAAAUUGUAAAGUGAAAUGAAAACUGCCAUGUACUGUGUCUGUGGACCCAGUGAGCUGCUGUACCUCCAUGUAUCGUGUCUGUGGACCCAGUGAGCUGCUGUACCUCCAUGUACCGUGUCUGUGGACCCAGUGAGCUGCUGUACCUUCAUGUACCGUAUCUGUGGACCUAGUGAGCUGCUGUACCUUCAUGUACCGUAUCUGUGGACCCAGUGAGCUGCUGUACCUUCAUGUACCGCAGUGUUGUAGUGGUGCGACGCAAACGGCAAGCAAACAUUGAUCUUUUUUGGAAGAAAGCUUUAGCGAUGCAAGUGAUUAUCUCACCCUCUUGCCCUCUGGUGACUAGAGCGGAGCCAACACCCUAGUGUACUGUGUACCUGGUAGACCCUUGUGAGUGCGGGGGUACCCUUGGAGUACUCAACCUAGUGCUUCGUUCAACCUGCCCCUCUUCGUAACCCCAGUCUCCAUGUUCACCAUGGCGCCCUAGGACACCUCUCGUAGCAGCUCCUGAUUCUCCUAGCUUAUACGCGAGCUUGGAAAACAUGGAUUCACUUCUGCCUCAGCUGGAAGAGUCGUGGGUUCGACACACCGUUGGUGGGGAAGACGGGAGUGAGACGGAUUCCGGCUACGACCCCCUCUCCCCUCUGGACCUGAACGGCCUCCCGCCCACGCCCCCGCCCUCAGAACGGACCUACCUGGCCUACUCCCCCCAGCAGGGAUACGACUACUUCCACCAUGCCUCCCCCUCCCCGACCUGCGACCUGCCCUGUGCUGAUGGCCUGGACCUGGAGACGCUUGAUCUGGCCGCCCUGGACAGCCUCGACUACCUGUUCCCCGAGCCGCCCACGCCGCCCACACCUCUCAACAUGCCGCCGCUCAUCGGCCCCAUGGAGUCGCCGAGGGAGGAGGACGUGGGCGUGAUGGAGGGUGUGUCCCUUCUGCCGGGGUUGGACGACCUCCCGUCUCUGACCGACACUGUGCCCACACAAGACUCGAUUUCUGACCACAUGUCCAAGAACACUUCGGAGCAUGCCUCCUGCGGUGAUUUCCCGCCCAUGGGUGAAAUGCCAAAAACGACACUGAUGAAAAUGGGCGGAUGUCCCCGGCAGCCGCCACCCCUGGAGCUGCUCCAACACGGUGGCCUCUCACACCCGUCCCUUGACCUCUCUCUGGCUUCUGUUGACCUCCCACGCUUCGACGUCAACCUCUCCGCCCUCGACGUCUGCCCGCCGCCAUUCAGCAUCGACCUGCCAGCGGACAUGACCUGGGCAGCACCGCGGGGGGAGGAUGUGGGCGGGGGCGGGGGUCUUUUCUCACAGCUGCUGGAGGACGAGGUAGAAGAGAGCCCUAAGGUGGUCAACGUGUUCCUCACCGGUCAUGACUACACCAACAAGGUCGAGGGCGUUCACCACCCGCCUCUGCCGCCAUGCCAGCCCAUGACCUCCCUCCUAGGAGGUCGUCUAGGGCCCCCAAUGCACCUUCCCCCUAGGGAGCCGCCCCCGCCAAGACCGGAUCCCCCGCGGGAUGAUGAACGGGUCUUCCAGUGCUCUUACUCACGAUGCGGGAAGGUGUACGCCAAGUCCUCACACCUGAAGGCUCACCUGCGGCGCCACACUGGGGAGAAACCAUUUGUGUGCACCUGGCCCGGGUGCUCUUGGAGGUUUUCUCGCUCGGACGAGCUGGCUCGCCACCGUCGCUCCCACUCCGGCGUCAAGCCCUACCGCUGUCAGGUCUGCGACAAGCGCUUCUCCCGCUCCGACCACCUGGCCAAACACCACAAGGUACACCGUCGGGAUCGUGUACUGGCGCUCUACGGUCCUCUGUCUAAUGCCCUGCCUGCACGCCGCCCGAGACCAGCCCCGACCACCACCAACCCACCUCCCAAUAUCCGCCCACAAACGUCGACGCACGCCCACAUCGCCACUCACCAGCCUCUGCCGCCCGUGGUUCACACCAUCGAGUUUCAUAGCGCUCGUCCCAUUCGAGUUUGCCAGUGACUCGAAUCGGCUAGUGAGGGGGAUCAAAUAUGACGUAACUCUGUCAAUACAGAAGGGAUCAGAAAUGACGCGUGUCAUCCAAUAAGGGAAUCUGAUAUGACGCCAACUAGUUAAUGAGGGUAUCCAAUAUAGCGCGAAUUUGCCUGUGAUGGGAUCCAAUAUGACACAUAUCAGUCAGUAAGAGGAUUUAGUAUGGUGCGAGUCAGCCAGUGAAGGAACCCAGUACGCAGCAAGGUUGACAGAAAACCGACCUGAUGUGACGCGAGUCUUCUGGUGAGGAUAUUUAAUAUGGAGCACUAAUGUGUAAAUGAUGGGAUUCAAGAUGGCGUGGACAACUUCACUAACCGUGUCUCCUGAACCGGAUGUUGGAGUGUGUGCUACACUAGCCUCCAAGGAACGAAAGUAAUGACAUAUUCCAGAAACCUCUGAAUGUGCACUGUGGUAAUUCUACCUAACUGAACGCCUAAUUAAAUAUAUGAAAGAAGUCGAUCAUCAUUUGUUUGCGACACCAUCGCUUUAGUUUCACAAGUGGCGCAAAAAGAGAUAUUUUAAUAAAACUGAAUUUUUGUUUUGUAUUCGAGUCUCUGUGAAAGUCAAGUGUGUAAAAUUAUGCUAAUAACUCGUAGCAACGGAAAAAAUUAUUCACGAAAAAAAUACCUUUUGUAGAUACCGUACUUUGAAACAUUCUUAAAAUAUAUGAAACUAACUUGAGAUCAAACCAUUGUGAUCAAAGGUUAAUAUUUCUUUGGGCAGCAACGAACUUCUGAAUCUAUGUAUCCUGCUUAAACGAGAUGGGAAAGAUAGAUCCUAGCGAUCGCUGUGUCCAUCUUUAAUGUACAGUUUGGUCGUCAAUUCCUGCCACAGUUUUCAUCGAAAUGUUCUCACAUUUUCCGUGCAAGUGUUGGUUUUGAAGAAAUGUUUUGCAUAUAUCCACCCAGAUCGAUUACUAUGAUACUCUGACUGUAAUAUGCCACCUCCCAUUUUUAUAACAUAUUAAAUAUUUAACCAUGAUCUCUGAGAUUAACAAAUAGGGAAAACAAAACCUGUAAAUACUUUAUUUUUAAGUGCGUGUUAAGUUAAGCAAAAUUCUUUCGGUAUUGUGUAAGAUAUUGUGUAGUUUUGAGAUCAAAACUUCAGCAGCCAAGGCCAAAGAUUAUCCUAAGUCGUGGCUAAGAUUCGCAUUGAGACAAUGUUCAAGACUGACGUAGCAGAUCACACACGUAAACAUGGCCCAUUUUAUGUUAGCACGCACAUUAGUUUAACCAUUUAAAUGUCGUGACAAUUCAAUUUCUUUCUUUAUUAUGCACCCCAUACCCAUCCCAUGGGCGGUGGUGUAAAGGAUUACAGAGGCACAUAAUCGGUUCAGGAACUGAACCCUCUAGUUCGUUUAGCUAAGCAAAUAACAAUCUUUUGACGCUAGUUACAAAAUUAUUAAUGUUAUAUAUACAUGACAAAUUUAAUUUUCGUUGCUCAACGUCUGUAUAGGCAUAUGCUUCUGGUAACUAUGGAUUCAAAUAGAAAAUGCUAUAGAGUUUUAUCCAUUGCUGCUUAACUUUUAUAAUUUGUAUAAAUGAGUAAUCAUUAGAAAAUUGUAUUUAAUAACUUUACUGCAUUAAAUAUCUGGUGAAAUUAAUUGUUAAAUUAAGAUUAUCUUUCUUUCCUUCUGUUUUAACAAAUACAGCAGCCUAUAGAGAAGGCAGGCCUAUAAUUUCAAGUUAUUAUAAUUUUAAUUUAAUUUUCGUGCAGAAUAUGUUGCUAUUAUCUUGGACAAUGUCUCUCAAAUGCAUUUCGAGGGGUUAAUUAAAAUCCCGCCACUUCUCUUUAUUUCUGCAUAUAAUAAUUAUGGUAAAUGUUCUAUAAUUGUUUAAUGGUUUUAUCUUACUUUAGCAUACAAAUGAUUGUAUGGAAACUUUAUGAUAUGAAGCAAGACAUAUUCCUAAUAUUAUCACUCAUCUGUCAUCUAGUACAUGUUGCCAGUACUAAAUAAGUGUAUAAUAUGCUGAAAAUUAGUUCAUCUCAUGUGUAAUGGAAAAUAAGGUAUAUUUUAAGAGCUAAUACUAAUCUUAAAUUAGGUAUAAAUUUCCAAACCUAAAAAAAAAUACAAGAAAUAAAGUUAAAAAACGUACUGUUAAUUUAACACCUGGCAUAUUGAUAGCAUUAAGAUAACGUGUAGCGAAUAUAUAUAUAUAUAUAUAUAUAUA